AUGGACGCUGCUGACCGUCUGAAGGAGUCGCUGGUAGACACGGCGUGGAUGGGACGGGCACUGGAGCUUUUCGCGGAUGAACUUCACAACCUUGAGCUGCUGGAGGGGGAAGAGGAGAAGGCGUUCCAGGCGGAGCUGCAGCGGAGGACCGAAAUCCAGCCGGAGCCGGCACCGACCCAGCCCCCGAGUGGUGAGUCGCGGGUGGUGAGCCAUGAAAGGAAGGAUGCGGCAAAACCAAAGAAGGGAUCUGGCCCCCAACCAAAGCGGGGUGCGGGGGAGAGGAUGGUUGGGUCACUGGGGCCCGCGGGCGGACCGGCAAAGGGCAUCGGCAGUGCCCUAUACGCUGCCAAGGAGCGGGAGGCAGCCAUGGUGGCGGCUAGAGAGCAGGAAUUUUGGUACCGCACCAUUCACGAGAUUAAGCAGCAGCAGCAUCACUCACGCGAGGGGGCAGACACACUACGGGCACAUGCACGUCGACAACAACGUUUUUUUAAUGCUAGGAACAUUGACGAGUACAGGAUGGAUGAAAUUUUGCAGGGGACACCGCGAAAGGUGUCCAUAGGAAAGGUGAUAACGGUAGAUUUUUCCCCUGAUGAAGCGCACGGCAAAUACGGGGCAUCCGAAGAAAUAUCGGUGACGGUUCUCUCUUCCAGCACGUUUCCGACGGAUGCCCGCGGCCCGCGAUUACGUUCCGCGGGCCCAGAUGCCAUGGACGCUGACGGUGGGUUCACCAUCGACGCCGUCGGAUUUGCGCGCGACCUCAACACCUCACUGGAGAGGGAGUACGGCUUCCGUCCUGUUGUGGCCGCUCCAGAAGACAAGGCUGCUGUGAGCAUAACAGCGGUAAUCGGCGGUUUGAAGAGCAAGCUGCUGACACAUGCACCCGGGGAUUUGAUGGAGCUUGGCGCCCCGUGGAGCGCCACGCUGCCGCCGGUGGGCUCUACCACCGAAGUGACGGGUGUUACCCGCCGCCUGCCUCUCGCAGGCCACACAGCCGACGACACCAAGGGACUGACACUUCCCGCCAUCAUUCCACACGACAGCGGAGUCGCUGGCGCUGGCAUCGCCCCGGCGCCUCUGCUUCGACCUCCUCCUUUUCCCGCGGCGGCAGUGACGACGGCUGCCGUCGCUGUUGCUGCAAUAACAACAAAAACAACAACAACGAGAAAACUACCGGGGACAAAAAGAGUGGGUGGUGCGGCAAAAGCGACUGCCGAGGGCCAAGCCCGUCCGGUGGCUGUUGCGUCCAAGAAAGUUUUCAGCCCUUUUGCGAAAAUUGAGUGCUCCGCGGAGGACAGAUGCGUGGUGCUGCAAACAACGGUGGGUGUUGAGGUGAGCGCCACCGUACGAUUCAUCAACCGCGAACCCAAUCUUCUUCGCGUGCGGAUUCCUUCCUCGAAGCACGCGUGGAUUACCUACUCGAUGGUGAACUCCUCUGUAGACCGACAUACUUCUCCGGUCUCGUCUUCUCCGCUGCCACCGCCGUCGUCGUCGUACUGUGUAGCCACCUCUGGCGUUGGCUGCACCACACUGAACGAACCUCUCGGAUGUGGCGGCUUCGUCGAAGUACGCAUCACAUUUAGGCCCCAAAGCGCAACAGCGCCCUUGAUUAGGGAGGUGUUGCGGCUUGGGCAUUGCCGGGAGCUGAACUCCCGCCGGGGCGAGGGGGCACAGUGGCACUUUUUCGACGUUACGCUGCACUGUAAAACGAUUUUGCCGCAGUUUCGCCUGCGUCCAAUACCGCAGCAGCAGCAGGAGGGGGAAGGGGAGACGGGGUCCGUGUCCUCAGCUGCACCUCCUGCCACUGGGGGGCGGUGUCGCGGCCGCAAAACCUUGGACCAAACUGUGACGAAGUGUGAGUUUCCGUACACGUAUGUUAUGGAUACGUGCUCGCGACGAUUUUACCUUGAGAACACGGGUUCCGUCGCUGUGGUGAAGCUUAGCAGCACGGAUCCAUGCUUUACGAUUGAUCCACCGCCGGACACCGCCGUACUUCUGCCUGGUGGGGACCGUGUUGACAUCACGGUACACUUCACCCCGAUGCAGGAGAUGCGUUACGAAGCCGAAGAGCUUCUUGUAACGGUGCUGGAGUGUGAGGAGGGGCCUGUUGUGUCGGAGCAUCGAUUCGGGCUUUACGGGGAGGGUGUUUUGCCGCACGUUGAGCUGGUGCGCAUUGGCACCCUCACUAUAGCUGCGCCGCAGCAGGAUGCGAGUGUGCCGCAGUACAUAGUUCCUGACACCGCACCUGACGUUGAGAGCGAGGUGUUGGUCGCGGUGCGCAACCGCGGUCCCAUUGCGGUGCCGUACUUUUGGAGGACAGACACCGUUGGAGGUGGGAGCAGCGUGGGCGAAGGGGUUUCACUGCGAGUGACACCCGCCACCGGUGUCUUUCCUCCGUGGCAGGAGAGCUGCUUUACCGUCACUCUGAGACCCGCGGCGGCUCAGCCCUUGGCUGCCGUGCUUAAUCUCUUUUUAGAGGGUCUGCUCGUCCCACCUGUUGACGCGACAGCGGUAUUGGAUCCGUAUUUGCGCGGUCAACCGAUUCCUGCUGUGCCAUCCCUCAACGCACUGCAGGUGAUGCCAGACCCCUACAUCAUGUUCCAGAAUUGCACGCGCGAACAGCCAAAGGACUGCUGCGGUGUCUUUGCUGUGGGCUUCUACCUCUUUACCGACCCCGUCCUGCCCUCCUUCCACAUCAUCCCGGACCACCUGGAGGAGGGGGUGGAGUGCCUCGUACACUACAGCAACAUGCGGCGCAUCACGAUGAAAAACAGCUCCCCGCGUCCGCUGCAUUUCUGCUUUGACCCGAGCGGGGACGAAUGCCCCCCCGGGGUGCUGCUCUCGACACGCGAGCGUGAGAGGCUGGAUGUCAGCUUUGAGCCCCGAAAAGGGUGUGUGCCACCACACACCAGCGUCACUGUGCAGUUCCGGUUUACGUUGCGGGAGGUCGGCUACCACUUCAUCGCCAUUGACUGCUACAUUCCAGAACUGAUGGAGCUCUUGGCGGCCACUUCGGCUGCAGCCGUGGCGGAGGAAACGUCACCGGCGACGAAGGUUCGCUGCUCGCAUCAUCUGCACCUCAGUGUGACAGGCGUUGGCCCCUCCGUACACUUGAGCACGGACUGCCUGGACUUUGGCCUCAUUGAGCACGGGGGCGAGGCGGAGGCCUCCUUCACGGUAUCGAAUGACAACCCAAUCCCUGUCGUGUUUGACCUCCAUGACCCCAUGCUGCGGGAGCCGCCCCGCUUUGUGUUCCUCCCUCCCACCCACCGUCUUGGCGCGAGGGACUCAGUGGAGGUGACGGUGUACCGCCAGGCAGUGGAGUUGGGUGACUCGCAGACGUUCUUUGAGUUAACCGUGCGGGGUGGCGACACCCUGGCGAUCGAAACCCGUGCCACCAUUCAGGUAGCUUUACUCGUUGUGCAGGAUACGGUGCUGGACUUUGGUCUUGUGCCGGAGGGGGUAUGGGCGGUGCAAAACCUUGUUGUGUCCAACGCCUCCGCCUUUGACAUUCCCUACACCGUCGAGCCUGUUGUGCUGCCGGCCUGCAUUCAACUCAUCACCCCCCCGCCCGGUGUGGUGCGGGCAGGGCAUCAGAACGUUUCUAUUCCCAUUAGCUGCGCCUUUGACUUCCAGCCAGGCAGAGGGGAGUGGGAGGCCUUGCUGUCUAUUAAGAACACCCGGGUGAAGCAGGAAACCCUCGUGGAGCUCCGCUGUGCGCAGGUGCAGCAGUUAGCUGUUGCACUCGAUCUGAUUCCGGUGCCAAAGAUGGCACAAGGGGCCUGCAGCAUGGCGUACACCCCGCCUGUUCUGCCACACACCCUCCCGUCCCCACUACGAAUGGAGAUCGCCUGCUUUAUCGAGGCACUUCUAUGGAAUCUUGUGGAGCUUCGUGUGGUGGAUGCAACAGAUGCGCUGUGCCCGCCCGGUACAGUGACGGAGCUAACCGAUCUAGCAGUUACAACAGAGCGUCCACCAACGGUGUUGCGCCCGUACUGCCCACCUGUGGUGUUGAAGUCAUGCUUACCGGACAAGGAGCCUGUGUGGUCGGAGUUGUUGGUGUUGCGAGUCAGCAACCAGACCGGCUGUCUUGGCUCCUACACUGUGGAGGCGAUGCGUUACCCGGUGAAGGGUUCUAUAAAGGAAUCUUCAAGGACAGGCACACUGCGGGAAACACACGCUAUAACAACAGCGAGAGAAGCCUUUGGGGCAGCGACGAGCCUAGAUGAUGCACGUCUGCCCAUGCAGCGAUCUAACACUACUGUGAAGGGCAAGAGGGAAAAACGUCAAUAUCAGCAGCGCCCUUCUGCUGCUCCUUAUCCAGCUGGACGGACUGAGGGGUCUGCUGAAAAGCCUUCACUAAAGUCGGUUCAGCGUUCGUUUUGGUGUAAAGACGUGGACGGCACGGAUCAGAUGGAGCGUGAGCGUCGUGCCACUUUAGUUGACGCUCAGAAAAUACUUUUAGAUGGACGCGGCGGUGCCACCAUCUUUGGCAACGCGCCCUUUGGUCCACUUUAUUCACACGCCACAGUCGAGGUGCCGCUGACAAUAUUUGCCAACCUCCCCGGCCGCUACGAGGAGACGCUGCAGGUACGCUGUGGUGACUUGCCCUACACGCACAUCCCACUUAACCUAGAGCUGAGUGGGAAACCGGUGCUGCUUGACUCCAACACAGCAGGGCUUACUGUGCUGGGUGGUAGAGAACUGAUGCUCAUGCCGGCCGUCAUUGCGGGUGUAGGGCGGUCGAGGCGCAGCAUGCUUCUCAUUAACCGUGUUCCACGGGAUUUAAAUGUCUCUGUGAAGAUCUUUCUCACUACCGCGACUUUUUCCGUAGUUGCUGUGGACGACGAGGUGGAGGCGGCUGCCGUGACGCUGCAGCUUCAGCCCGUCUCGGAAGAGGAGAAGCGGCGAGAAUCGGAGGGAAGGGGGAAGGUGGCGGCAGUGCCCGAGACUUUUUUUCUCCCCGCGUUGGCGUCAAGGGAGGUUACCGUGGAGUACGCCCCAGAUGCGACUUUUGUGGCCAAGGCGGGUGCAGCUGAGCGGGAGUGGCGUGGCGGUGUCAUCAUCACGGCGGAGGUCGCUGACAGUCCCUUCAAUGAUGGGUUCAUCAUUGAUGAGUUCUACCGCCUGAACUCCGCGCGCUACCCGGCGGAGCGCGUCAUCAAGAAGCAGGUGAGGGAGGCGGUGCCUGCGUGGAUGCGCAGCAUCGUGCGACCCAUCGUGAUGUUGAAUGUGCAGCAGCCCCUCAUCUCCCGACCUGGGGUGGUGCGGAACAACGUGGUUUUGCCUUCUACACCGGGAGAACUGACAGUGCCGCGGGCGCACUUCUCAAUGGGUGCGUCGCACCUGUGCGGCGGCGCCGCGGGCGAGGAAGUUAAAAGUAAACAUGACACCGAAACCUGCUUUUACGCAAGCACCACCACCGGGAAGGAACGAGAGGACGACGAGGAUACGGAUGAGGAAGGCGCGAAGCUUAACGAGGAGACAUUGGUUCACCAGGAGGAGGCGGUUGUCUCACGCCUGCCGCCGGAGCGUAUUCUGGCAAACGAAGAGGAACGCCAGGCCUUGUAUGCGUUUAUGGAGCAGCGGAAGCUGGAGAUGGCGGAGCAGAGCCGCCAUUACUUUAUUCCCAUCGAACUUGAGGUUCGCGCGCGCUGCGGCGUUGCACGGCUUGCUGUGGAACCCUCUGGCGAGUUGGUUCGCUUCCCCCAGUACGUGGAAGGCGAGCCAUGCAUGCAGACGGUGCGGUUAACCAACCCGAGCUGUGCGGCGAUGGAGUUUAUUUUGGACCUGCCGUCCUCCUCCUUCUGCGUUACGGCGACACGUUUCAUUUCGGGCAACAUGGAGGAGGAGCCAGUGGAGGUGGACGACGAGGAGGAGGCACGUGGGCGGCGGGCGGUGGCGGAGCUGAAGUGGAGCAGCGGCGAGGAUCGGCAGAAGGCACAGCGGCUGCUAACAGCCGCGAGGCGGCAGUCGUCUGGAGAGGCGACAGUGACGAAGGUGCGAAUAGAAAAUUUCUCCUUCUCCGGCCGAACUUCCAUGCAGCACGGGGAUACCGCCUUUGUGACGGUCACCAAGUACCUCCUGCGCCCCAACGACGCCCUGGAGGUGCAGCUGGCGUACUGCGUCCCGGCGAAGGAGGAGGUGGAUGCCAUAAUUCGCGGCGGCAGCAGCGUGGAGGCGACGCUCAACAUCAUGUACCUUCCCUCGGAUGGUUGCAUCCAGGCCCCCAGGCCGCACGACGGGGGAACGCCACCCGCCGUCUCCCCACCCCCGGUGCUGGAGUUGACGCAGUCGGUUCCCAUCGUCCUCAACUUCUUGUCGCCUACAGUGCGCUGCAGUCCCGCACAGCUGUGGUUUCGCCCGGGUCAGCUGUUGCACGAUGGAAGGCCGCAGCCGUCAUAUGCGCAAAAAAUACAGUUGCUGAGUUCCUACCCAUCGGCAGUGACGUUUGCGAUUGUCCCAUCGUGUCAAACAUGUGCAAAGGUCUUUCCUGCCCUUACCGCCACCACAACUCCUGACGGCAGCAGCAGCACUGCCGCUGCUGCGGGGCCCAGUUCCUUCAAGCGGAGCACCGCGCGAGAAGCGGCACCUCUCCUCACUCGCGGGCGCCAAUUAAAAGAGGUGACGCGCUACUGGGAAGAAGGUGGCAGCGGCGGCGGGGACGAUGCCGGCGAGGAUGGGGCAAACAUGGAUGACCCUGCCAUUGCGGUGCGCGGCGCUGGGUGUGCGGGGCCAGAGCAGGCGCAGCAAGAGCGGCAACAAAGGGCGCCACAGAAGGAAGAGCAACAGCUGCUCGUGGUAACAGACCCUGAGCACUUCACUAUUACUCCCAUGCAAGGCAUUAUCCCUGGCGCCACACGCGGUGGCCAGCCUGGUGUGUGUGAGAUAGCCGUGACGUUUAGGGAACAGAUGAAUGUCCGCUUUGAGGCACUCUACGAUGUGCUGAUCAACGGUUGCCUGGUGGAGAAUGGCGGCUUCAGUCUUUGCGGAGACAGUCGUGUGACAGAGAUAUGA